CGUGGGGAGGGUAAACAAUGCAACACCUCCUCUGCUAUUUGGUUUCACAUGCUGUUUUAAGUGCCGACUCAAAUCAUGUUAAAUGGAGCGACGGGAAAAGGUCGAGGUGCCGAUAUUCACAGAAGUAGACAGGGACAGUUUUGUGCGAGACAUUUAUCCAGAGCGGAGACCAGCCGUGCUGAGAGGCGUGCACCUGGGCCCCUGUGUGGAGAAAUGGACGGUUGAAUACCUUGGACAGAGAGGAGGUGACAAGGAGGUGAAGGUUCAUGUAUCCACUGUGCCACAGAUGGACUUCCUCCGCAAAAACUUUGUAUACAGGACACUGCCAUUUAAUGAAUUUGUGAAAAGGGCAUCUGAGGAAAAGCACUCUAAUUUCUUUCUGUGUGAGGAUGAGAGCUAUUAUCUGCGGUCGCUGGGAGAGGACGUUCGAAAGGAACCUGCUGACCUGAGUAAACAGUUUCCUGACCUGGCAGAGGAUUUCCAGAUCCCACACUUCUUUGAACCCGAUCAGUUUUUCUCCAGCGUCUUUCGCAUCAGCUCCUGUGGUCUGCAGCUAUGGACACAUUACGAUGUUUCUGAUGCACAAACUGGCCUUGCUAUAAUAAGCCUGGGUCCUGUAUACCCUCAGGUGAUGGAUAACCUGCUGGCUCAGGUGACUGGGAGGAAGCGUGUGGUUCUCUUCAGCCCCCAGGAUGCUUUGCACCUCUACCUGUCAGGUGAUAAAUCGGAGGUGCUGGACAUCGACUCUCCAGACUUGAAAGAGUUUCCUGAGUUUGUGAAGGCACAGAGGUAUGAGUGUGUGCUGGAGCCUGGAGAUCUGCUUUUCAUCCCUGCGCUGUGGUUCCACAACACUCUUGCGCUGCAGUUUGGUGUGGGUGUUAAUGUGUUUUGGCGACAUCUGCCUGCACAAAGCUAUGAUAAAAAAGACCCCUAUGGUAAUAAAGACCCCCUGGCUGCAGCUCGGGCCCUUCAGGCACUGGAGAGGGCAUUACACACUCUGGAUGAGCUCCCAGCAGACUAUCGGGAUUUCUAUGGCCGACGAAUGAUUCAGCGUAUCCAAAAGCGGACAUACUUGUUCAAUCCAUCAGGCACAACUGAACCAGACAACCCUGAAUGCACAUUAGUCCAUGCACCAAACUUGGAGGAAUCUCCUGCAGAGAAAUGAAGAGUAACCAAUAAAGCCUCUGUGGUCCAUAAAGACAAUGGUUAAUUUAUGCUAUGCAUAAUACACAUGACUUCAAGCUUGGAAGUUGAACUAUUUACCUUGGAACAGAUGGAAGUUUGGACAGACUUGGCUUGGUUUAGGCUUGUGGAGAACCAAUGUUGACUGGAAUGAAAAAUAUAGGAUCCCCAGACACUUCUACAGAAUAAAAUGCUUUUAUCAUUUUUGGCUAAUGAGCAGCAACAAGAUAAAGAUUAAAACAUUUUGUAUUUGUAUUGCAUUGCCCAGAACUAUAAAGCCUUUUUUUUUUUUUAAAGAAAGAGGGGCCUUGGAAUUGCGUUAAUUAAUCCUUCUUCCAAAAGAGCACCUCUCAUCAUUACAUAGUGUUUAAAUCACAGCAGCCUUCCUUCUUUAUGAUUGUUGGGUUUUCAUCUUCAUGGAGGGUUUACAUCUCUUUUUGUGGAAAAAUAAGAUGACUUCACUGGCUUUUACACAUUUAAUUAAAAGUGACUAAGGAGUGUACCAAUCAGCCCAUUCUAAACUCUUGACCUAAUGUUUUUAUUAGUCAGUUUAACAAGUUAUGUAUAAUGAGAUAAAAUUGAAAUGUUUUCCAGAAAAAAAAAUUUGUUUAUAUGACUUAGUAAGUAGUUGUAACAAUAUAAUAUUGUCUUAAAACCACUUACUAAAUGUCACCGCAAACCAUAACCAAAAAUAUGACCAGGGGAAUAUUAGUCUGACCCCGUUAUAAAGCCUAUGCAAGAGCUGGAAGAGUUAAUUCACACUUUCACUCAAAUACUCUGCAGGAAUGAUUGGAGGAAUUGGAACAUAAGCUAUAUUGCAAAUGUGAAAAUGUCCUAUCAAAGGCCUAUGUCACCACAAAUUCAUGCAAAGUUUUGGACUGAAGAACACAUCUGCCGGUACAUCUUGGUUUGACAU